UGACCUGUCUCCAAGCUUGCCAUUGAGCCCUAAGUUUCUCUUCCUCGUCAUGCUUAUAUGAACGAAGAAAAAGUGGUUGUACUUUUCUCAAUUCUUUCCUAUCACAUUAUCCAUAUCAUUAAACAUGUCCGCUGAACACUCCCACUCCCACGCCGAUGGCGACCACUCCCACUCCCACGGUAACGAAAUCCCACAGGGUGCCGAUGUUGCUGUUUUCGCCCAGAACGAAUCCAAGGCCAGAAAGGCCAUUGUCAAGUUGGGCUUGAAGCAGGUUAAGGGUAUCUCCCGUGUUACUUUCAAGAGAAAGGGUGGCUUUAUUGUUGCCAUUGACAACCCAGACGUCUACAGAUCCCCAGCUGGCUCUUACGUUGUCUUUGGUGAAGCCAAGGUUGAUGACUUGAACAAGAGAUUCGCUCAGGCUUCUCAGUUGCAGGCUCAGGCCCAGGCCGCUGCCGCUGUCAACCAGGAACCAGUUGACAAGUCCCAGGAAGCUAUCCUUGCUGACUUCGAAGCCGCCUCUUUGCAGGACAAGGUUGAAGAAGUUGACAGUUCUGCCCCUGUCGACGAGUCUGGCUUGGAAGCUGGUGACAUCGAAGUCAUCGUCGAACAGACCGGUGCCUCUAGAGCUAACGCCGUCAAGGCCUUGAGAGACCAUAAUGGUGACAUGGUUAACGCCAUCAUGGCCUUGACCUCUUAAGUAGGUUGGCUGCCGUUUUUUUCUUCAAUGCAAUGCUUUGAGAUGAAUCAAUGUAAAUGUAAGUUUUGGUACAAAGGUUUUUGUUUGAGAAGCUGCCGUAUAAAUGUCAGCAUGCUAUUUUUAAUAGUAUUUUACCAAUUUAU